UUGCAGCCAAUGCUGGAACGGGAUUUGCUGUUGCUGAGCCUCAAAUUGCAAUGUUUUGUGGGAAGUUAAAUAUGCAUGUGAACAUUCAGACUGGGAAAUGGGAACCUGAUCCAACAGGAACAAAGAGCUGCUUUGGAACAAAAGAAGAAGGUCUUCAGUACUGUCAGGAGAUGUACCCAGAGCUAGAGAUCACAAAUGUUAUGGAAGCAAACCAGCCAGUCAGUAUUGACAAUUGGUGCCGGAGGGACAAAAAACAGUGCAAGACCCACAUUGUUAUACCUUUCAAAUGUCUUGUGGGUGAGUUUGUAAGUGAUGUUCUACUAGUUCCAGAAAAGUGCCAGUUUUUCCACAAGGAGCGGAUGGAAGUGUGUGAGAACCACCAGCAUUGGCACACGGUCGUUAAGGAGGCAUGUCUGACACAGGGCAUGGUCUUACAUAGUUACGGCAUGCUGUUGCCCUGUGGGGUAGACAAGUUCCAUGGUACUGAAUAUGUUUGCUGCCCCCAGACAAAGACUGUUGAAUCCACUUUGUCAAAAGAAGAGGAGGAGGAAGAUGAAGAAGAUGACUAUGAUAUUUAUAAAAGUGAAUUUCCUACUGAAGCAGAUUUGGAAGACUUCACAGAAGCAGCUGUUGAUGAAGAUGACGAGGAUGAGGAAGAAGGGGAGGAAGCAGUGGAAGACCGAGAUUACUACUAUGAUACCUUUAAAGGGGAUGAAUACAAUGAGAACCCAACUGAGCCCAGCAGUGAUGGGAUUAUUUCAGAAAAGGAAAUUACCCACGAUGUGAAAGCUGUCUGCUCCCAGGAGGCGAUGACUGGGCCCUGCCGGGCUGUGAUGCCUCGUUGGUACUUCGACCUCUCCAAGGGAAAGUGCGUGCGCUUUAUAUAUGGCGGCUGCGGAGGCAACAGGAACAAUUUUGAGUCUGAGGAUUAUUGUAUGGCUGUGUGUAAAACGAUGAUCCCCCCAACUCCUCUGCCAACCAAUGAUGUUGAUGUGUAUUUCGAGACCUCUACGGAUGAUAAUGAGCAUGCCCGCUUCCAGAAGGCCAAGGAGCAGCUAGAAAUUCGGCACCGCAACCGAAUGGACAGGGUAAAGAAGGAAUGGGAAGAAGCAGAACUUCAAGCAAAAAAUCUCCCCAAAGCAGAAAGACAGACACUCAUUCAGCACUUCCAAGCUAUGGUUAAAGCUUUAGAGAAGGAAGCAGCUAGUGAGAAGCAGCAGCUAGUGGAAACACACCUGGCUCGAGUAGAAGCUAUGCUGAAUGACCGCCGGCGCAUGGCUCUGGAGAAUUAUUUGGCUGCCUUGCAGUCUGACCCACCCCGGCCUCACCGCAUCCUCCAGGCCUUGCGGCGUUAUGUCCGUGCUGAGAACAAAGACCGCCUACAUACUAUUCGUCAUUACCAGCAUGUGUUGGCUGUUGACCCAGAAAAAGCAGCCCAGAUGAAAUCCCAGGUGAUGACACAUCUCCAUGUGAUUGAAGAAAGACGGAACCAAAGCCUUUCCCUGCUCUACAAAGUUCCUUACGUAGCCCAAGAAAUUCAAGAGGAAAUUGAUGAGCUACUUCAGGAACAGCGUGCCGACAUGGACCAGUUCACUGCCUCCAUCUCUGAGAGCCCUGUAGACGUCCGGGUGAGCUCCGAGGAGAGUGAUGAGAUCCCACCAUUCCACCCCUUCCACCCCUUCCCGUCCUUACCUGAGAAUGAAGACUCUCAACCGGAGUUGUACCACCCAGUGAAGAAAGGAUCUGGAGUGGGAGAGCAGGAAGGAGGACUGAUAGGUGCUGAAGAGAAAGUGAUUAACAGUAAGAACCAAGUGGACGAGAAUAUGGUCAUUGAUGAGACACUGGAUGUUAAAGAAAUGAUCUUCAAUGGUGAGAGAGUCGGCGGCCUUGUGGAAGAGCCAGUAUGUAUUUGGUUCCAGAACCUAAUGCCAUAUCUCAUUCACAUCCUAGCUAUUUCUCUUUUGUACCUUCGCAGUUCAAGUAAAAAAAUGGGAGAGAAGUCUGAUCUCUUAACUGUAACAAAAGCCCCUUAA